AAGCCUCUCAGAACAAGAAGUCUGCAAGAUUUUACUUGUGAGAUGUGCAUAGAGUCACACUCCCAAGUGCCUCAAUAUGGUCAUCAUACAAAAAGCACUGUCUUUUUAAUAUUACUUCAACAAGUUGCAACAGUGGCAUUGGGAGAGAGGGGGCCAGUAAAGAUGAUGUGGCCACUAGAUGGUAUUGCCGGAGUGGAUUACAAACAAGCCCCUCGCCGGAAAGCAGUUACCUGUGGAGUGAAAAGGAGCAAGAUUUCGUAGUAACUUUACAAACCCUUUUCUUGAGGGUGGAGCAAGGAAGGACCAAACCGAGCGCUCCUACGCGGGGCAGCUCAAGCAGCAGAGGCUUCCCCACCCAUUGUCCUCAAACCCAUCGUUUGCACGGGUUGUUCGUAUGUUGAGUUGGGAUGUGCGUAGCAGGGCGUCCUGCGAGCGAAGAGAAAAGAUGCAGAAGAUGGCAUAGCAACGGAUCCAGCCUUCCACCAAACUGGGGUCCCUCUGUGCACUGCAGUUGGACUGAUGUGAAGCUUUUGUUUUGGACUGAAGGUGCCUGUCCACAGCUUUUCCUGAAAUCCAUUCUCUCCUAAUUCAUGAGCCAGCAGGAUGUGGUCGCCGUGCUUUCAGAACGCCUUCUCAUAGCUGCAUACAAAGGGCAAGUGGAUAAUGUUGUGCAGCUUAUCAACAAGGGUGCCAAGGUAGCCGUUACCAAGCACUUGCUACCUUCUGCUUUACAGCAUGGGCGGACACCUCUCCAUCUUGCAGCUCACAAGGGUCAUCUCCAUGUUGCCCAGAUUUUGCUCAAAGCAGGCUGUGAUGUGGAUCUUCAGGAUGAUGGUGAUCAGACAGCUUUGCAUCGAGCUACUGUUGUAGGAAACACAGAUGUAAUAGCAGCUCUUAUCCAUGAAGGUUGUGCUUUGGACAGACAAGAUAAGGAUGGGAACACAGCUCUCCAUGAAGCUGCUUGGCAUGGAUUCAGUCAGUCCACCAAACUGCUUGUUAAAGCAGGAGCUAAUGUUCUUGCCAGAAACAAGGCAGGUAACACACCACUGCACUUGGCCUGCCAAAAUAGUCAUUCUGAAAGUGUUCGGGUCCUACUGCUUGGAGGCUCUCGGGCCGAUAUAAAAAACAAUGCAGGAGAUACCUGUUUGCAUGUUGCAGCACGUUAUAAUCACUUACCCAUCAUUAGGGUGCUCCUCAGUGCUUUCUGUUCUGUCCAUGAAAAAAAUCAGGCUGGCGAUACAGCACUUCAUGUAGCUGCUGCACUAAAUCAUAGGAAGGUGGUCAAACUAUUGUUGGAAGCAGGCGCUGAUGGAAUAGUAGUAAACAAUGCCGGUCACACACCCCUAGAAGUUGCCAGGGAGCAUAACAACCCCGAGGUUGCCCUUCUACUCACCAAAGCCCCACAGGUUUUGCGCUUUAAUCGUGGAAGGAGCCUGAGGAAGAAAAGGGAGAGACUCAAAGAGGAAAGGCGUGCUCAGUCUGUACCAAGAGAUGAAGUGGUGCAAAGCAAGGGCAGUGCCUCAGCUGCUGAUGACACUCACAGCAGUGAUCAGGCCCUUCAAGGGAGAGGUGACUUGAAAGAUGAAGCACAACUGCCUUUGUCAGAGCUCAGAGGAAGGAAGAAUAAAAAGAAGCCAAGAGAAAAGAUUUCAGCACUUUCUGACCUCAUAUCACCAGCUGAUCAGCAGGUGUCCCCUGGCCCACAGCAGAACUUGCCAAAACGCAAGAGCAAGCACCGCUGCACAUCUUCUCCACCUCCCCAUGAAUUUAGAGCCUACCAGUUGUAUACACUUUAUCGUGGAAAGGAUGGAAAAAUCAUGCAGGCACCAAUAAAUGGGUGUCGUUGUGAGCCACUCAUACAUAAAGUAGAGAACCAGCUGGCAGCUGCAGUGGAAGAAAUAAAAGCGGAGUUUGUGACAGUGCAGGAUAAAAUGAAUAGCAAACUGGGUCAAAUGGAAAACAAAACUCAGCAUCAGCUCCGUGUUUUAGACAAACUGAUGGCAGAAAGGCUGUCAGCAGAAAGAACAGAGUGCCUUCAUCGUCUUCAGGAGAACACUGAGUUGGAAAGGCAUGAAGGGGAAAAACGCCAGAUGUCGUUGGUGGGGGAACUGAAAGCUUGGUGCAUGUUAAAAAUUCAGAACCUGGAGUUGAAGCUUUCUGGAGAUUCUAGAUCUUCAAGACCAAAAUCAACUCUGUCUACGUGUGAGUCACUCACUGAGACUUUGGAUACAGAGAACCUUCCUAGCACAAAGGACUGUAAAACUAGCCAGACCCCACUGCAGUCAGAUGGUUCACAUCAGCAUUCUUGCAUUGCUCUUCAGAAUAGUGUCUCAGAAGAUACUGGAAGGAGUAGAGUGCCAACAACAGAACAGAGCUUUGGGAAGCAACAUUUUGUUGUCCAACAAGCCAGCAGUCCAGGACUGGAGCAACAGGUAGUUAGUGCUGGCCCAACCUGUUCGGCAGUUUCUCCCCAAGUUGUUAGGCCUAAGGACAAAGCAAGUUUCAGCAGAUUGCAACAGGAACUGCCACCAUCUGAAUGCUCAGGCUCCAAAUUAAGGCAUGUCAAGGUACAAACUGUUUCACGGGCCCCUGUUGAAUUUACAAAGACCGAGACACAAAGUGGCUGCUUUAUAGAUAAAGGAACGCAGACAAAGAAAUCUGGCAGAAGCGGUCAGCUGAAGCACAGGCCCCACCAACAUGCAGGCAGUCACCCUGCAGGGCAGCUACUGCCACCACCACCUGCUGUCUCUGGAGGAAAGGAGCCUAGCCCUCAACUUGCAGGCACUUCUCAAGCUCUAGAAAUUACACAGUACUUUUUUGAGGCUGUAUCAAGCCAGAUGGAAAAGUGGUAUGAAAGGAAGAUUGAAGAAGCUCGGAGCCAAGCUGACCAGAAAGCCCAGGAAGAUAAAGUACUCCUCAAAGAACAUAUUAAAAGUUUAGAAGAGGAACUCUGUAAGUUAAGGACUAAAGUGCAGAAAGAACAUUAGCAUCUGCCUAUGCUCGUGAAACAAUACAAAGGAAUUAACAUUUUCACAAACAGCAAUUAAGCUAAUUUUAUUUGGGUUUUACAAUUAUUUCCACACUUUUGUGGAUUUGUGGCCUUUCCAGAUGAGGAGGAUUUUGUUCAUGCAGUGAUUACAAGGAAUCCAGAUCGCUUUCCUCAAAGUAGCACUUGUUUUGUGGGAAAACUGAUUAGGUUUUCCCUCCACAGUUGAAAAAGUUUAUUUUGUCUCUAUACAGUGUGCCAGUAGUGACAAAAUAGAGAAUGCAGUCAUGUGAUUUUUCAGGACCCAUAUCACUGGGUUGAGUGAUACAACUUCCUGCCCAGAUCUCCAAUAUGCCUGUGCCAUUUUAUAAAUAUUUUAAGUUUUAUUUUCUGCAUAUUUAAAACAUUUUUGAAGCAGAGCAUGCUCUUGUUUUACUAUUUGUGCUCAUAUAUCUUUUUGAAAAUAAAAGGAUUAUGUGGCCAACAUUAGCAAGAGGCUACUGUUUCUUCCUGCAUAAGACUGCACAGCCAUUUUGUGAAUCCUACAUGCUUCCCUACCUAACACACUCAGAGUAGCCUGCUUGUGUGAAUAUUCAUAUUCAUAGGUGUAUGGGAGAUUGUGCACAGACAGGCCCUAUCCCACAGCUUGUGCUGUUUAUGGGUACUUUGCUCAAACCAGAGUGAUCCUGUUCAGUUCUUUAGGAAUGGGAGACUGAAUUUUUGGCUCUUCCCAACCCUAAUCCCCUUGCCUACCAAAAAGCUAAUUGGCAAAUUUGCAGUCAGAGAUGAAAGGACAUUUGAUUUUAAAGGUCAUUCUCAUGAAACAUUGGCCUACGCAUUACAGUAAAUUCCUAAAAAGGCUAAUGGCUUAUCCUUAUACUGUAAUGGUCAACUGGUGAUCUGUGGCGCUGAAUCUGGCCACUAACCACUUCUAUCUAACAUCUCUGCCAAGUUCUAAUCAAGGUAGCUCAUACCUUCUUUCACUCAUAAAGGAAAAAAAUGUCUCAGGUUGUAAGAAAUAGAGGUCUUCCAUACUUUUGUUUAUACCUCCUUGGACCUUGUUUGCAAUAUGUAAAUGUACAUAUUGGCUUGUAAUCCUGCAGCUGAGCACAUGCAUGAUAACUAUGAAGUAGUUCCUGCUACACAGUAGCAAUAUAUGCUGCCAGCCCAUAAAUCAUUGUUAGGAAAACAAAAUGGCCCAAAAUGGUGAAUACAGAAGGUAGCCAUUUCUCCUAAUAAAUUUUGUCUCUGCUUUACUUGCCUCAUAUUAAUUUCAUUUUAUAGCAACACCAGUUUUAAAACUCACUUUAAGGUUUCUGUGCACAACUGGCCCUUGAUGGGUUGAGUCUUCAAAUUGUACAGGCAUUCAGCCAUAUUUUAUUUUACAUAUAUAUUUUGCUAAUGUAUUUUUAAGAAAGUAUCAGAAUACUGUGAUAUGUAAAUAAUUGUGUUUUUUGGAAAAGAGCUUUAAAGUUAACAUGGGCAAACACUGUUAUUGUUUUUAAAGUUCAACAGUCUGAUCCAGCUAAAGAGAUCCACUGUGUGUAAGCAGAGUUGUAUAUGUGCAUUAUGUGCCCGAUUGGAAACUACUGGCAAAAACUGGAUACGCAUCUUAGUAAGGACACAAUAUAUUCACAUUGCAUUACUUUCUGACAUGCAGUUGACUCUGCUUCAUCAUCUCCGUUCUUACACAUUUAGUGCUGGAUUGAGACCAAAAUUGUUGUGAUUCAAAAGUAGUUCCCUAGGCAUAGAUCUUACCUCUAACACAAGUGUAUAAACACCUUGAACCCUUGAAGAGAGAUGACUGUGUAUGUAAAAAUACAUA